AUGGAGUUUCAUCUUCAACCUCACGUGCUGGUGCUGCCAUACCCUUCACAGGGUCACAUCAACCCCAUGAUGAACCUCUGCAACAUCCUCGUCUCCAAAAACCCCGACAUCCUCGUCAGCUUCCUCGUCACCCAACACUGGCUCCCACUAACCACCUCCCAGGCCAAACCCCGCAACAUAACGGUCGUCGCCCUCCCUGACCUCGCUCCCUCCGCCAACACCUUAGACGCCGCCGUACACGCCGUCAUGACGCAGAUUGAGGCGCCGCUCCAAGGCCUCCUCGACGACCUCAGUCCGCCGCCCACGUUCCUCAUCUGCGACGCGUUUCUCUCGUGGGCCGUCGCCCUCGCCAACCGCCGGAACAUUCCCGUGGCCGCGUUCUGGACGACGUCCACGGCGGAGCUCUGGGUGCAGUAUUUCCAUCUUUUCCAACGCAACCAUCGUUGUCGUCAAGAAAUGUUAGAUUAUAUUCCAUCAACUUCUUGGAUUGAGGAAUCUGAUAUUCCUCUUCUGAAUGAGAACAAUAGUAAACUUUUGCAAUGGGCAUUGAAAUGUUGUGAAUGGCUUCCUAAAGCACAGUACCUUUUAUUGCCUUCAAUCUACGAGUUAGAAGGCAAAGUGGUUGAUGGCUUAAAAGCAAACCUCUCAAUUCCAAUUUACACCAUUGGUCCAAACAUACCAUAUUGUAGUCUUGGUGAAAAAUCAUGCAACCCUAAUAACAAUGGUUACAUGGAGUGGCUAGAUAGGCAACCCCCAAAUUCUGUUUUGUACAUUUCACAUGGAAGUUAUCUGUCAAUCUCAAGUGCCCAAAUGGAGGAAAUUGGCAAUGCAUUGCAUGAUGGGAAUGUGAGGUUCAUGUGGGUGACACGUGGGGAGAGUCCAAGGUUGAGAGAGAUUUGUUAUGGGAAGAAGAACAGGGGGUUGGUUGUGGCAUGGUGUGACCAAUUGAGGGUGUUGUUGCAUCAUGCUGUGGGGGGUUAUUGGACUCAUUGUGGCUGGAAUUCAGUCAUGGAGGGUAUAUUUUCUGGGGUGCCCUUUUUGACCUUCCCAAUUGCCAUGGAUCAGCCAUUGAUUAGCAGGCUCAUUGUGGAGGAUUGGAAGGUUGGGUGGAGAGUAAAGAAGGAUGACAAGUUGGAGACUCUGGUGAGAAGAGAUGCCAUUCUUGUGCUGCUCAGGAAGUUCAUGGAUUUGGACAGUGAUGUUGGGAGUGAUAUGAGGAAAAGAGCCAAGGACCUUCAACUCAUGCUUCACCUUGCAAUUGCUCACAAUGGCUCAUCCCAAACUAAUAUCAAAACCCUUGUCAACAACAUAGUCCAGAGUGGAUCAAACAGAGUGAAGGAUAUUCACAGUCUUAAUUGA